UAACGCGUAGUUUAAAUAACAAUUGAUUGCUACAGAAGUUGACAGCGCGAAAGACAAUAUUAAUUUAAUAAUUUACAUGUAAUUCGAGGGCAACUUUAUCACACGGCGAAUACUUAUUAGCAUUAGAAGCGAACCAGUUUGGCAAACGAAUUUGGCAUUUAUUUGUUGAUAGUGUGUGUGAAGACAAAACAAACGAAAAGCACAUCGAAAAAAAAAGAUAAAAACGCGCGCAUGCAGCAUUUUUGGUUAAAAUAAACAUCAAUAAAGUGUACAUUUGAAUGGGAUGCUCGAUACGCGAUGGGGGAUAAUGAAUAGGAACCUUGGUUAGUGCCCGUAAUGAACAAAUUGCUGUGUUUUUGUGGCCCAUUCGGUGCAGAAAUAGUGUAUUUUUAAACAAGACUCUGGUACAUAGCAUAGCUCACGCGCACAGGACACCAGGCAGUCCUAACAUAAAAUUCUCGCCUCACAUCCAUUGUGUUACAUAGCGAACAAAUCCAAAGCAGAGCUAAAGUUUCGAUUCCUUGGCCAAACAGGAUACACAAGGAUCUUUAAAUGAGAGAAUAGUUUUGCGGAGAAACGUGCACAGCAAAGGCGCCAAUAUAUUUCGAGCGAUACGAUGAGCGGCGUUACCCAGGAAUUUUGUGUACGCUGGAACAGCCACUUGGGGAGCAUUGGGGCUGCGUUUCCGCAGCUCCUGGCGGGCCAGCGAUUUGUGGACGUGACACUGGCCUGCGAGGGCACCCAGGUGCACUGCCAUCGCCUCGUCCUGGCCGCCUGCUCCACCUACUUCGAGGCGAUACUGGCCGAGCAUCCGUGCAAGCAUCCCGUCAUCAUAUUGCCCCGUGAGAUCAAGCUAUGGGAGAUCCAGGCCCUGGUCGACUUCAUGUACAAGGGCGAGGUCAAUGUCACGCAAGCGGGUCUUGGCCAGCUGCUCCGUUGUGCCGAGCAGCUACAGAUACGCGGCCUCUACGGUUCCGAGGCGACGAUAAACUACAAGAAGCUCCAUCAGGCGAGCCUUGAGGCUGGAGGAUCCAAGGAUCUCUUGGCAGGCGCACAGCGAAGCAUUAAGCAUGUGGACAGCACGGAGACGGAUGAUGCAGCCACUAAUUCAACCACCUCAACGAUAACCACCUCCUCCGCUCUACCAGUUAACCAGCAACAGCAGCAGCAGCAACAGCAGCAGCAGCCGCAACAUCAGCCGACAGUAUUGAAGCGCCAAAAUCAGGAUGUCCGCCAGCAGCAGCAGCAGCAGCGACCUCAGUUAAAUGGCAGCAAUGCUCAACAACAGCCAACAUCCAAGGGCAGCCACUCGAAUGCCCCGACCGAAGAAGACUCCGGCGACGAGGUGUCCAACAAUUGGAGUGCCUACGGGGAGCCCUUCGAGGAUGUGCAGGCGGUGGCCGGCAAAAUGAAUGCCCAAAUGUCCCUGCAGCAGACGAGGAUACAAAUGCAGCUGCAGCAGCAGCACUAUUUGGAUUCCCAAAUUGAGGACGAUCACAACUAUGUAGCCGCACACGAUGAGAACAAUGAGAGCAGCAGUUUCGCUGCAGGAAUGGCCUCCUCCGUCGGCCUGGACACUGAUCUCAUCGACACAUCGGCCAACACUUCCGGCGGACUGCUCAGUCACAAUUCAAUCGACGGCUAUACCUCAUACAAACGCGUACGACGCUCGGAGGCAUCGCUGGCACAGGCGGCCAAAUGUGUUUCGAAGGGCGAGACAUUCCAAACGGUCAGCAAUAUGUUCAAUAUUCCCGUCUCCACCAUUCGUUUCUAUAUGGCGCGAAAGGGUAUACUGCCGAAACGGAAACGCGGACGCGGUGCUUCCCAUGCCGGCAACAUAAUAAUCACAACAAACUCAGGAAAACUCUCAACCGUCCCUGCGAGCGCCACCCAUUCUCAGUCUCAAUCUCAGUCGCAUCCCCAUCAUCUCCAUCUCCAAUCAUCUCAAUCGCAUCCCCAGUCUCAGUCUCAAAUGUCCUUGGACGGCCUGCAGCUAAAAACGGGCAGCGGUAGCAAUAGUCCGGCAGCUGCAACGGCCACUUCGAUGUCACCAUCAUUUGAUAUGGCCUCCUCGGGAGCGGAUAUCGUGCCUUUUCACCUGCACAGUGAUGCGGCGGCGGCAUUCAAGCUCAACGAUCAGAAGCUGCACAUGAUCUAGGGGCAAAUAUUGAUAGAGAGGAUGAGGGAGUUUUCCAAGCAGUUGCUGCUUUCCUUUUCAUUUUUUCAUUUUAAUUGUGGGAUCUUUAGUCAUAACAAAAUAGUCAACAAAAUAAAAUUUACUCUUAGAUUUAUUUGAAUACGCUUUGAAGUUAACGGUUUUACAUCCUUGGUUGAUUCUACUCACUGUUAUUCAACCAUUAUUCAUCGUCAAAAAAAAUUUCAGAAAUUAUAUACAUUAUAUUAACAGUAGAAGUACACUCUAUCAAGGACUAUGACUAAAACUUGCGUAAAAAUUUCAAAAUCUGUUUAUUGUCGCCCCAGUACUCUAAGAAAUUACUGUAUUGUUAAUAAGAUAAAUAAAAUCAACCUGGAAACUUUUACUAGGUUUUUGUGUGAUUGCAAAUAUAUAAGAUGACAAUUCAUAAUAAAA